GAACUCACAGAGAUCCGCCUGCCUCUGCCUCCCGAGUGCUGGGAUUAAAGGCGUGCGCCACCACCGCCCGGCUGAAGCAAGGCUUUUGAGGGUCUAAUAUGUACAGCUGUCUCUUCCUUCUUUCCUUCUGCUAUACAGCUCAGGAUAGUCUCGAACUAACUCUGUAGCCCAGACUAGCCUUAAACUUUGGGAAUCUUUCUGCCUCAGCUUGAAUGGAUAUUUUUUUUAAGUCCUUGUUUUAAAUGUGAAAAGUAGGAACUCAUUAUUAGAACAGUGACAAACUCUUGUACAACUGUGUGAUGGAAUAUUGCAAUGCAAAGUAAGGAACAACUGUCUAUACAGUUGUGAAAGAGGCCAGGUCAGAGAGAGUUAACACUGUAUAGCACUUGAAUAUGAAAUUCUAGGCAAUGUGGUCACCCAGUGGUUUGGGUAGGAUUCCACAGGGGCACAAGGGCAUUUCUGGAGUGAGACAAGUUUCCUCUCUGGAUUAUGGCAAUGGAUUCACAAAUGUUCACACAUCACAAUUUAGCACAUUACACUGACCAGACAGACAUGCAGCACUUUGUCAAUUCUACUUCAAUGGAACUGUUCCAAUAGGUAGGACUAAGGCAUGGCUCAGUGGUCAAACUGAAUUUGGAGUUUUAUUAACUAAACAAUAAAUGAGCCCUGGCAGAGUAUUUGCAAUUUCCUUAUUUCAAGAGCCCUCUAAAUGUGGUACUAAUUGAAGUUCCCAGGUACAAGUCUGAAUGAAAGGUAAUUUGGGAAUACUGACUCCUUUUCCUGUAUAGGACAUCAGUCCCGGAUCAGGGGACAUCUCUGGAUUGUCGUUUCGAGACACAAACUGUCCUGAAGAUAUCUAGGGUCGAAUGCCAGCUUCCUUUCUUCUACAAUCACCGUAACCCGUGAAAGGUUCCUAUCUCUUUAAGCUGUGACGAGCAGCUGUGAAGCAGCAGGUUCAUAACUGUCUCAACAGGGCGGGUAGCGCCUGUAAGGGUCCUGCCGCGUGUGUUGUCCCUCUCAGCGACUCGUAGCGAGCUGUGCUUCUGAGGCCAGCUCGGCUCCUGAUUGGCUGCGUGUCCCCAGCGUGCGCGGCUCCGGCGCGGAAGCUCCUAGCGGCCGGCGGCGAUGUCUAGCCGGUCUAAACGGCAGUCUCAUGGUUCCACCCGUGGGAAGCGCGAUUCCGAGUCGCGGGGUAGCUCGGGUCGCAUCAAAAAGGAGCGAGACCGCGAGCGGGAGCCCGAGGCGGCGAACUCCCGGGCCAGCCCGGUCCGCGUGAAGCGGGAAGCCGAGCCGACUGCGCGGGAGGUUCCGGCGUCCGCGCCCCCGGCGGUGAGGGUGAAGCGGGAGCGCGAGGCCGACGAGGACUCGGAGCCCGAGCGGGAGGUGCGAGCAAAGAAUGGCCGAGUGGAUUCUGAGGACCGGAGGAGUCGUCACUGCCCAUAUCUGGAUACCAUUAACAGGAGUGUGCUGGACUUCGACUUUGAGAAACUCUGCUCUAUCUCCCUCUCGCAUAUCAAUGCGUACGCCUGUCUGGUGUGUGGCAAGUACUUUCAAGGCCGGGGCCUGAAGUCUCAUGCUUACAUUCACAGCGUCCAGUUCAGCCACCACGUCUUCCUCAACCUCCACACUCUCAAGUUUUACUGCCUUCCUGACAACUAUGAGAUCAUCGACUCCUCACUGGAGGAUAUCACAUAUGUGUUGAAGCCUACUUUUACAAAGCAGCAAAUUGCAAACUUGGACAAGCAAGCCAAAUUGUCCCGGGCAUAUGAUGGUACCACUUACCUGCCAGGGAUCGUGGGACUGAACAACAUAAAAGCCAAUGACUAUGCAAAUGCAGUGUUGCAGGCUCUGUCUAAUGUUCCUCCUCUUCGGAACUACUUCCUAGAGGAAGACAAUUACAAGAACAUCAAGCGCCCUCCAGGGGAUAUUAUGUUUUUGUUGGUCCAGCGGUUUGGAGAGCUGAUGAGAAAGCUCUGGAACCCGCGGAACUUCAAGGCACAUGUUUCUCCUCACGAGAUGCUUCAGGCAGUUGUUCUUUGCAGCAAGAAGACUUUCCAGAUCACCAAACAAGGGGAUGGAGUUGACUUCCUGUCUUGGUUUCUGAAUGCUCUGCACUCGGCUCUGGGCGGCACCAAGAAGAAGAAGAAAACUAUUGUGACUGAUGUUUUCCAGGGGUCAAUGAGAAUCUUCACUAAAAAGCUUCCUCAUCCUGAUCUGCCAGCGGAAGAGAAAGAACAGCUGCUCCAUAAUGAUGAGUACCAAGAGACGAUGGUAGAGUCCACGUUCAUGUACCUGACACUGGACCUUCCCACCGCCCCACUCUAUAAGGAUGAGAAGGAGCAGCUCAUUAUCCCCCAGGUGCCGCUCUUCAACAUCCUGGCCAAGUUCAACGGCAUCACUGAGAAGGAAUACAAGACUUACAAGGAGAAUUUCCUGAAGCGCUUCCAGCUCACCAAGCUGCCUCCAUAUCUAAUCUUUUGCAUCAAGAGAUUUACUAAGAACAACUUCUUUGUGGAGAAGAAUCCGACAAUUGUCAACUUUCCCAUCACAAAUGUGGAUCUAAGAGAAUACUUGUCUGAAGAAGUCCAAGCAGUGCACAAGAACACCACUUAUGAUCUCAUCGCCAACAUUGUGCAUGAUGGCAAGCCCUCUGAGGGCUCAUAUAGGAUCCACGUGCUUCAUCAUGGAACCGGCAAGUGGUAUGAAUUACAAGACCUCCAGGUGACUGACAUCCUGCCCCAGAUGAUCACAUUGUCCGAGGCCUACAUUCAGAUUUGGAAGAGGCGGGAUAAUGAUGAAACCAACCAGCAGGGGGCUUGAACACCUUGUCUGGGGUUUUACUCCCAAGGGCUGAAGAUGUUAAAUGAAAAUACUGAAGCUGUAACUUCACAUGGGCUGACUGAAGAUUCCUGCCCCAGCUCAGUUUCUAUGGGUCUGCCUGUGCUGUCCUGUGCUGUCCAGUGGUUCUCUGAUCAGCACAUUGCAGGUGAUACUCCUUCCCUUUCAGCGCCAGCAGGCAGAACUCCUACAGAUGGAUGCCUUACUUGAAUUGCUGCAAGUAUCAGAGAACAGAUAAUUCCUUGGAAACAUCAAGUCUUGAGAUUCUACGAGUGAACAUGAAGCUAACAGCAUCUUUCUGUCUGUCAUAGGUAGAUGGUUUUCCUAUAGUUCCUUCUCUCCUAUGGAACUUUUGGAAUGGAUUAAAUAGCCUCCUGUUUUUAAA